AUUAUCGUCAUCCGCAGCCGGCCGCCAUGGUCGAGGCUUUCUGCGCCACCUGGAAGCUGGUGGACAGCCACAAUUUCGACGAGUACAUGAAGGCACUGGGAGUGGGAUUUACAACACGGCAGGUGGGGAAUGUGACCAAACCCACUGUGAUUAUCAGCAGCGAGGGGGACAAAGUAGUGAUCAGGACUCAGAGCACUUUCAAGAACACAGAAAUCAGCUUUAAACUUGGAGAAGAAUUUGAUGAAACUACGCCCGAUGACAGAAACUGCAAAUCGGUUGUGACCCUGGAUGGAGACAAGCUAGUACACGUACAGAAGUGGGACGGCAAAGAGACAAACUUUGUGAGAGAAAUAAAGGAUGGCAAAAUGGUCAUGACUCUCACCUUUGGUGAUGUGGUUGCUGUUCGCCACUAUGAGAAAGCGUAGAGUUCACCUGAGAUGUUACUUCUGCUGGAUGGAUUAAUGUACUGUCCCUAAAGGAACGUAGCUAAAACAUACAUUUCUGGGCAUGAAUAAAGAGUGUAGGGGCGGAGUGUGCUUUGUUGAAACAACAAACGACUUAUGCCAUCAAAUUGGCAAACUUGUGCUGCAUAGUGGAACAAGUUAAACUUGGCAUUAAAUUUCUGAAACACUU